UCCAUCAUUCUCUCUCCUUCAAAUUCUCAAAUUAUCAUAUAUAAUCAAUCAGAUCUAUCAUCAUGCAAGAAGCAAUUCCAUAUAAAUCAUGGCUACCGACAACAACCUCAUCCAUAAUCGGAGGAUCAAAUGUUGUUUCAACACAAAUAAGCGAUGUAAAGAAUUUAGUAUCCGAGAAUGCAGCGAUCGUGUUAGGUCGACGCGGAUGUUGUCUUAGUCAUGUAGUGAAACGUCUUCUUCUAGGUUUGGGAGCGAAUCCUGCAACAUAUGAGAUCGAUGAAGAAGAUGAGAAGGAUGUGAUUGUUGAAUUAGAGAGAUUGGCUGGCGGUGGAUUACAGGUACAACUUCCUGUUGUUUUCAUUGGUGGAAGGUUAUUUGGUGGAUUGGAUCGGAUAAUGGCGACUCAUAUUACAGGUGAAUUGAUUCCUGUUUUGAAACAAGCUGGAGCGUUAUGGCUUUGAUUGAUUCAAGUAAAACUAUUGUAAUUUAUCUAUGUUGUUCUUGCUCUGGUUUUUCCCCUGCUUUUGAAUUUUUCUCAAGAAAUUUGAAGGGUUUGAGGAGUUUUUGAUUACUUUUGAUAGUUGAAUCUCUAUGUAAAUGCUUUUUUCUCAUCAGAUCUAUUGAGAAAUUCAGUUUAAAU